AUGGCCCGCACCAAGCAGACCGCCCGCAAGUCCACUGGAGGAAAGGCUCCUCGCAAGUCCUUCGCCCAUAAGGCUGCCCGCAAGUCCGCCCCGUCUACCGGAGGUGUCAAGAAGCCCCACCGUUACAAGCCCGGAACCGUCGCUCUUCGUGAGAUCCGUCGCUACCAGAAGUCGACCGAGCUCCUGAUCCGCAAGCUGCCCUUCCAGCGUCUCGUUCGUGAGAUCGCUCAGGACUUCAAGUCGGACCUCCGCUUCCAGUCGUCGGCCAUCGGUGCUCUUCAGGAGUCCGUUGAGGCUUACCUGGUCUCCCUGUUCGAGGAUACCAACCUUUGCGCUAUCCACGCAAAGCGUGUUACCAUCCAGUCCAAGGACAUCCAGUUGGCCCGCCGUCUCCGUGGCGAGCGCUCGUAA